AUGGCGAGCGUGGUGUUUCAGCGUGACCUGCGGGUGUACGCUGCGUCGGAGAAUGCGUCGUUGUUUCAGAAUGCGAAGAUCGGGUUUGCGGGCGGGCAGGUGCUGCUUGUGCACCGCCCCACGAUGCGUGGGCUGCACUUCACGCAGGCUGGCUCCGCCAUUACCCAACUGGCCAAGCCCGAGGUGGAGGAUCUCCUGCAAUCGCAAGACUUUCAACCAAAGGCGGACGUGUAUGGCUGCCUUGGCCUCCUCUCCAUUCCAACCGAGGAUGAACGCUGGAUCAAGGCCGUUGUGGUUGUGAAGGAGUGCAAGUCGCAUGGCCGCCUCCUCAACACGGAGAUUUUCCACAUCUCUGCUGUCGAAAUGUUCUUUGUGGGUCCGAUGUACUCGUCGGUGGCAGCUUCGCACGCGCGAAUCAUCAAGCGGCUGUUUGCCAGUGGGUCGUUUUUCUUCUCCAUGGAUCGCACCGCCUCAUCUGCCAGCACCAAGCGCCUUUCAGACUCGUCCCUGCCAAAGAAAGAAGAGGAGCCCGUGUUUGGGCGGCGCGUCACGUGGAAGUUUGAUCUCACCUGUCGCGUCCAGCACACGCUUACGCAGCGCCAUGGCGGGUUCACUCUCGACGACAGCAGCGGUGGCGGUGGGCACGAUGACCGGUUCUGGUGGUCGCGGGUGAUGUGGAAUGAGGUGCAGAAGCACGGUAUCAACUGCAAGGCGUGGCUCAUUCCUGUCAUUCGCGGAUCUGUGGAGAUGCGCACCGUGUAUGUUGGGCCAAUCCAAGCAAAGGCCGCCCUCAUCUCUCGGCUGUCGUGUCAGCGAGCGGGCACGCGCUUCAACGCACGUGGUGUUGACGACGACGGAAAUGCCGCAAAUUUUGUGGAGACGGAACAGCUGAUUGCCGUGGAGGACCACGUCGUGUCUUACGUCAUGACCAGGGGCAGUGUGCCCAUCUUCUGGGAACAGGCAUCGCAGAACGUUGGGCACCAGAAGCCGCAUCUGACGCGCGAAUUUGAGGCAACAAAGCCUGCCUUUGAGCGACACAUGGAGCAGCUAACGGCCACGUAUGGUCCACAGACGCUGCUGAGUCUUCUCAGCCACAAGUCUGGUGAGAUGCUGCUGCAGGACAACUACAGGCGCCAUGUCAUGUCAAGCAUGUUUGUCGACCGCCUCCACCACCUCGACGUCAACGCCAUCUGCAAGGGCGGCAACAAGGCAGACCGACUGGCGCCGUACUUGGACGCGUAUGGACAGGAACUCCUCGACCACUCGUUCUUCGAGGCCGUCAACGAGGAGGUUGUGCAUGAGCAGACGGGGACGUUUCGCAUCAACUGUCUCGAUUGUCUGGACCGCAGCAACGUCUGCCAGAGCGCAAUCGGCCUCAAGGUGCUGCAGGAGCAGCUGCUGGCGCUGGAUCGCCACACGUCGCUCCGAGACACCAAGAUGAGGCAGUUUGAACGAUACUUCAAGGACAUGUGGUUGCGCAAUGGCGACAACCUUGCGCGCUGCGUAACGGGGUCUGGCUCGCUGAGCGGCGGCGCCAAAACAUCGCUCUUCAAGGACGUGCAGCGCUCCAUCAGCAGGACCCUUCGCGGAAACUUCUUCGACCGCCACCGGCAGGCCGCCAUUGACGUCGUCCUCGGCACAUACGUGGAGGACACCAGCGAGCAAUAUGUUGUGCCGGAUCCCACGCUGCGGGUCAAACUGGAUGAGGCCCUCGCUGCGCAGCGGGAGAAGUUCACGACGGAGCUGCCUGCCCGCAUUGUCGUCGGCACUUGGAACGUUAACGCACAGAAGCCGUCACAGCUCUCGACCAACCCAACGAAUCCUGGACUGCACGACUGGCUUGUGCAGACAACGGAGGACAGCUCCGCACCGGACAUUUUCGCCGUCGGGCUUCAAGAGAUGAUUGACUUGAAGGCAAAGAACAUGCUUGCUCGCAGCAGCGCCAUCGCCAGCGAGUGGGCGGCGCGCAUCCUGCAGACCAUCGGCAAGGACGAAUACUUUCUCGUGGUGAAGCAACAGCUUGUUGGCAUCUGCGUGUUUGUGUUUGCGCGCACGGAUCACAAGCACUGCAUUCGUGGCGUUCGCACGCACUACGUGAAGACAGGCGCCGGCGGCAAGAUGGGCAACAAGGGCGGGGUUGCGAUGAGUUUGCGGUUUCACAGCACGAGCAUCUGCUUCGUCUGCGCACACUUGGCGGCUGGCAAAGCGCAUCUGGAGGAGCGAAACCAGGACUACAACGACAUCACAGCCAAGAUCAACUUUGGCAAAGGACGCAAGCUCGAUUCGCACGAUGUUGUGAUUUGGUUUGGGGACUUCAACUACCGGAUUGAGGGCUCGAAAGACAUUGUGCGGGAAACGUGUGAGGCCGGCCACUGGCUUGAUCUCCUCUGCAAGGACCAGCUCACCAUCAGCAAAGCCGACGGACAUGUGUUUGAGGAGUUUGAGGAGGCGCCAGUCACGUUCCGCCCAACGUACAAAUAUGACGUCAACACAGACACGUUUGACACCAGCGAGAAGCAACGCGCUCCAGCCUGGACAGACAGGGUGUUGUUUCGGGGCGAGGGCUUGGAGUGCGUGCGAUACGACUGUGUCAACACGCUCAAGAUGAGCGACCAUCGUCCUGUCAUCUGUGUUCUCAACGCCAAAGUGGUGGCGGUGGAUGAGGAUGUGCAGAAUGACAUUCGCGAGCGGAUCAUGCGCGAUCUUCGCCGCCAACUCGCUUCUGUCCUCAUCAUCUGCCCAGCAGCACUCCUCAGCGCAUCGGAACUCGCGGAUGUGUUGGGCGAUUACGGCCGUCUUGCGAUGAUCGACCGCGUCAAGAACGCGCCCGCCAUGCUCGUCACAUUCGAGGCCAGCGAGGUGGCGAAGAAAGUGACGAAACUCCACGGCAAAGAACUCCUUGGGGAGAAGGUGUAUGUGUAUGUUGUAGCUGGGGAAGACGAUGUGGCCGGGCUGAUCCGGCAGCACAACCAGCGGUCCAUCGCCGACCUCGAGGACAUGCUGCACCUGCACGACGACGACGACGAUGAUUAUGGUGACGGUGAUGGUGAUUAUGGUGACGAGCAGGACGGGGCUGUGGAAGAGGCGGUGCACAGCGACGAGGAUAUGGCGAUGCACAGGGACGGUGAUGGCGAUGAUGGUGUUGAUGGGAUGGUGCGUGGUGUCAGCGAUUGCGAUGUUGGCGAUGUUGGAGAUGUUUGCGAUGAAGACAGCCGUCCACUGCUGGCAGAUGAUGGCGACACCGGUGUCCAUGAUGGUGGCGGCAGUGUCGUGGUUCGCAACAGUCGAGGUGGCUCUGGUGCUCGCGCCAAGGCGUCGUCAUCUGCACCAAGCUGGAACAAGCGCGCCACGGCCGCCACCCCGUCCCCGCGCCAGCGAACCGGCGGCAGCGCCACCAACAACAAGAGCCACAACAGCAGAGACAGUCGCAGCACAGCCACCGCGAACUCCAUCCAGAACUCCAUCCAGAACUCCAUCCAGAACUCCAUCCAGAACUCCAUCCAGAACUCCAUCCGGAGCUGCGUCGAAAACCACAUCGACCGCAACAGCAUCGGCAGCAAGGCCGCCUGUUCGGCCCCCUCCUCCUCCCUCAUCGGCGUCUCAGGGGCGCAGUCGCAGCGGGAGCGGGGCAAGUCGAGGCAAGGCAGCAAGCACGCUGCUGGCGGGCGGUGUUGAGGUGCAGAUGCGUGCUGGCGACAUUGCACGAAAGCGGCGCAGUGGCAGCGGCGGUAUGAGUGGACACGCAUCCGCACGAGCAUCCAAUGUGAGUGGCGGGGGUGGCCAUGAUGAUGGUGGUGGUGAUCAUGAUGAUGAUGAUGAUGAUGAGCACGAGCAUGAUGCAGAUGCAGCACGUGCAGCAGCGCGACUUGCACAGGCGGUCUUGCAGGCCGGCCUGCCACACCAGCAACAACACCAACAACCACACCAACAGCAGCAACAGCAGCAGCAGCGGUGGCAAGAAAGCGGGCGUGGUGAUGGUGAUGGCGAUGGCGGUGAUGGUGGUUCACGGCCCUCUGCACCACCACGGCCCGUCGCGCCCCCACGCCGCAAACCAACAAGCUGACAACGCAUGCAUGCUUGUGUGGUGCGUGUUGUGUGUUGUGUUGUGUGUUUAUGUGUUGCAUGUGUGUGUUGUGUUUGUGUGGCGUUCUUACUUGAAAAUGGUGUUGCAUGUUGUUAUUCGACUUGUUGAGCAGUAGCAUCUCGUCUUGUCCUGUUACACAACGAUGAAGCGAGAGGGCAAGACCUCGUUCACUCCAAUCAGUG